AUGAAAACAAUGAAUAAGUUUGCACUAAUAAAGGAUAGUGAAGGAUCCUAUCACGUCUGCAAAUCUAAAAUACUAAAGAAAGAUGAAAAAAAUAACGAAAAGUUUAUUUUAGAUAACAUCUCGGUGUCAGUAAUUUAUUUCAAUGAUGACCAACGAACAUUGGAUGAAUUAUGCAAAAACUUAAACUUGAAGUCACCAAGUCUCAAGCUUAUUGAUACUGUUAGGGCCAAAAAGCCGAUAAUAAUUGAAGAUAAAACUUUGCCGAAACCUCGUGUUUUAAAGUUCUCUAGGAAAGAGUACACAAAUGGUAAUCGUAAACAAUAUUCAUCUUCUGGUGAAUCUGAAUACCAACCAACAGAUCAAGAAUACACUUCGGACGAUCAAUUAUCAGAUGAUGAUAAUUGCAACAAUCAAACUCAAAUCACCACUGAUAAUCAGGACACUCGUUGUAAAAGCAAAAGGCGAGUCACUCAACCAAUUACUAGAAAGACAUGGACUAAAGAGGAAGAAAAAGAUUUUAAUUAUCAUUUUGAACAUUAUUUAAAAACUAAAACGUUGCCGGGUCUUCUAGUGGUUCGCAGCAUUCAGAGUGAGUUUGGAGUGCUUAAAAAUCGCACGCCAGAAGUAAUAAAUGCUCACGUAUUCAAUAAAAACCAAAAGGCAAAAUCGGCAACUAACUUCGAUGAUAAAAAAUCAGAUAAAACACAUUCUCAUGAAAAUCGAAUACAAAAACAUCUGAAAUAUAUUUUUCAAGAUUGUAUUGAAAAAAAGAAAGUACCAGCACUAGAUGCUUGUGCAAUAGCUAAAAGAACUGAUAAAUUACUAUGUAAACUAUCAGACACGAAUAUUCAACGACGUAUUUCUUAG